AUGACCGAGUCACCUCUAAUCCGACUGCCUGGCGAGCUGCGCAAUCGUAUCUACGAGUUAGCUGUUGGCGGAAACAUCAUCGCCGUAACAGGAUUCUACAGGCGACCGGGAAAAUUGUCGGUCUAUCUCACCUCCGCUAAUACUUCUGGACCGGACGCAAAAAGCGCCCAGGCGAGCCUACGUGCACCUGUAUCGGGAAUCUUUACCAUCGGCCUCGUAUGCCGCCAGCUGCACCGUGAAACAGCGCUCAUUCAGUACGCAAAGAAUCUCUUCCACUUCGACAUCAUGUACCAUGGCCAAGAAUUUGUGGACAGCCUUAGUAGUGCACAACGAGCGCUGCUUACCUCUAUCUCUGUCAGGAUCGACACCUACUCCAUGGCAAGAUGGCUCUACCGUUAUCCGCGCAAAAGCCCUGACGUGCUAGGCCUCUUCUUGCCCCAGGUGGAGCGUGUCUAUAUCAGUCCAGAACAAUUCAAAAGCCAUCAUUGGUGGGAUGAAGAGAGAAUACUGAAGGUGAUCGGGCAUAACCUGAAGAUCGGUACAGGACGCAAGGAAUGUGUCUCCCUCAGUCUCAUUGAUGUGUUCCAAGGAAUGAAGAAGCAGGAUCAAACAAAGACGAUCAAAUUGAGCUGGGACGGCGAGACACCCGUCUAA